GGGCGGCUCCAGGAACCGGAUCCGCGGGCUCGGCAGAGCCGCCGCCGCCGCCGCCAGCCAUGGACCUGCGAGCGGAGCUGCUCAAGUCUAUCUGGUACGCCUUCACCGCCCUGGACGUGGAGAAGAGCGGCAAGGUCUCCAAAUCGCAGCUCAAAGUGCUGUCUCACAACCUGUACACRGUGCUGUGCAUCCCCCACGACCCCGUGGCACUGGAAGAGCAUUUCCGCGAUGACGAUGACGGGCCAGUGUCCAGCCAGGGCUACAUGCCCUAUCUCAACAAGUACAUCCUGGAUAAGGUGGAGGAAGGUGCUUUCAUCAAAGAAAACUUCGAUGAGCUCUGCUGGACCCUGACAGCAAAGAAGAACUACAAACCCGACCGGAACGGGAACAGCGUCGUGUCCCACCAGGAUGCUUUCAAGCUCUGGUGUCUUUUCAACUUUCUGUCUGAAGACAAAUACCCUCUGGUGAUGGUGCCAGAUGAGGUGGAGUACCUGCUGAAGAAGAUCUGCAUGGCCAUGAACGUGGAGCUGAACUCCUGUGAGCUGGAGGAUUACCUGGCCCAGGAGCCGCAGGGGCAGGGCGGGCUCACGGUCUGGCAGUUCCUGGACAUGGUGAACUCGGGGCGGUUCCUGAGAGGCAUCGAGCAGGAGGCAGUCAGCAUGGCCGUGGAGGAGGUGUACCAGGAGAUCAUUGAGGAUGUGCUCAAACAGGGAUACCUGUGGAAGAAGGGCCAGCUGAGGAGGAACUGGUCRGAGCGGUGGUUCAUGCUGAAGCCCAGUGUCCUGUCCUACUACAUGAGCGAGGAACGGAAGGAGAAGAAGGGGAGCAUCGCGUUGGACAAGAACUGCUGYGUGGAGAUGUUGCCAGACAGGGAUGGCAAGAGGUGCAUGUUCUGUGUGAAGACCUCGUCCCGCACCUACGAGAUGAGCGCCUCCGACACCCGGCAGCGCCAGGAGUGGACGCUCGCCAUCCAGACAGCCAUCCGACUACAGGCUGAGGGAAAGAAGUCCCUGCACAAGGACCUGAAGCAGAAGCGACGGGAGCAGCGGGAGCAGCGGGAGCAGCGCAAGGCGGCCAAGGAGGAGGAGACGCAGCGGCUCAAGCAGCUGCAGGAGGAGAAGGAGAGGAAGCUGCAGGAACUGGAGCUGCUCAAGGAGGCCCAGAGGCAGGCAGAGAUCCUGCUGCAGGAGGAGGAGCAGCGGCGGAGGCAGCAGCAUGAGGAGAUGCAGAGGACCCUGGAGAUCCAGCUGCAGGAGGCUGAGCAGGCUCGCGCCUCCAUGCAGGCAGAGAUGGUCCUGAAAGAGGCAGAGGCAGAGCGGCAGCGCAAGCGCAUCGUGGAGCUGGAGGCCAUGCAGGAGCGGCUCCAGGAGGCCCUGCAGCAGGAGGUGAAAGCACGGCAGGACGAGGAGGCUGUGAGAUAUGCACAGGCCAGGCUACUGGCUGAGGAAGAGGAGAAGCUGAAGCAACUGAUGAAGCUGAAGGAGGAGCAAGAAGAAUAUAUCAUCAAAACUCAGCGGGAGAAGCAAGUCCUCAAGCAGGAGAUGGAGAACAAGAACAGGUGCCUGGAAGAGGCGCAGAAGCAGCUGGAAGAAGUGAGAGUGAAUAGGCAGCGGGUGGACCAAGAUGUCAUGGCGGCUCAGCGGAAGCUGCGACAGGCCAGCACCAAYGUCAAGCACUGGAAUGUCCAGAUGAACCGACUGAUGCACCCCAUCGGGCCAGGAGACAAGCGAACGAAUGUGAGUGGAGGAGUCUUCGCUGGCUACCAGCCCCUUCUGUCCCGGAGAGAUUCUUCCCUCAAACUCACRCAGAGGGUGCAGGAUAAAGGCAGUGACCCCACGAGUGAAAACAGCAAGGAGAACGUGAGCAAUGGUGGGAACAGCAGCGUGCUGCCAUCUCCAGAUGCGGACACCAUGGCCACAGAGCCCACCAAAUAGCCCACCAGGAUAGCAGAGCCCAGCUGGGAAUGGAGGGGCUCAGCUCGUCCCUCCGAGUGGACAAUCAGUGUGGCUAUCUCUGGAUGGAGCCAAAGUGGGGACCAGCACAGAGCCUACAGGGGACUGCGUAAGGCAGAGGUGCUCCCAUUUCCAUCAGUAAAGGGCUGCAGCCACUAUGUGCCAGGAGGCUCAGGCUGCCCAGUGCUGAGGAACUCUGGACUGCUGGACUCAACUCUCUGKGCUCUGGUUUCCACCCAGUACUAAAAAAGAGCUGCUGAUGGGUCAGGACCCUGUGGCCCAGGGUUGCAGUUCCCCCUUGGUUUCUACAACAAYCCUUCUGCAUCACCCCCUGUGCUCCACGUGUGGGGCCUUGCCACCAGCCAAGGACACCCAGACUGACCAAAUGGGGCCUUCUUGUGUCCUUCAGGGUGUCCCUAAGUACAGCUGCCACUGUGCUUCCUGAUGGUGGUUAGUAAAGAAGUAAAGAAACCAACGAGCAGUAAAGUUUUUGGAGCCACUGGCCACAGAUCUCCUGCCCCACACCCUGGUGGCCCUGCAGGAACCAGCCCUCUCUCCUURGCAGCGCCAGGUUUGGAUUCCCCGUGUGAAAGAGCCCUUUGAAAAGSAUCAGCCACAACCUGUGAAAAGUGGCUCCACCAGAAGAUUUUUGGUUGGACUGGGGAGGGCUGAGAGGGACACARAACAAAACAAAAUAGGCCCGAUAAYACAUCAUCAUUUGGGUUAGUUUCUCCUAGCAUCUCUGUAUAAAUACAGUCCCAAUCGCCUGUUUAUUUGGGGUCUUUAU